CGCCAUAGCGGAUCUUUACACAUUGUUUCUUGGAUUACCAUCUAGUUUUUCAAGCAAAAUCUAUUGUUUUAGUCCUUUUUUGUAUAUUUCCAUCGAUUUUGCUUUGUUCUUAAGAUAAUGUGAGAGUAUUGAACACAAACUCUAUCACACCUCAAGGCACUAAUUAGGUUUACGUGUCGGAGUGACCGUAGGCAGUCAAAAUUUACUCUGCUACUUGACCAUUUGUCAACAAAAUAAUUGUUCCGGUAUUUUAGAGCACAAACAUUAAAAUAACUGAUCAACAUCACUUCCAGGCAAAAUGGUUUUAGUAAAUUCCUUCAGAUACCCUUCGUCCAACAUCAGAUACGAAAGGAGGAACAUCCGAGCAGUUCUGGAUAAAAAGGACUUGGGUUUAGGAACACUCUUUGUUAGUGAAAGUACACUAUGCUGGCAGGAAAAGGAUAGUAUUGGUUUUUCCAUCCCCUACACCAACAUAUCCUUGCAUGCCAUAUCAAGGGAUAACACUGUGUUUUCUAGUGACUGUGUCUAUAUUAGUUUAGAUGGCAGGUUUUACAUGCCAGGAGACCAGCCCCCUCAACAAGAUGAGGACAGCGACAGUGAUGCAGAAUCAGAAAAUGAGAGCAGUGAAUUAAUCCUGGUGCCCUACGAAGACGAUGAUAAUGCCAGUAUAGUUAAUAUUUAUGAAGCUAUCAAAGUUUGUCAGGAAUUGAACCCGGACCCUGAAGACAUUGAUGAUGAUGAUGAUAAUCUUUACGCUGAUGCGGAAGACGAGUUAGAAGAAGGUCAUUAUGUUAUUCAAGAUAGGGGUGCAGGUGAUGCAGACAUUGAUGAUAUCGCUAGAAGAUUGGAAGAACAUUCAGUUGAUGGCACUUAUGCUCAGAAUGGGAAUGAUGAUGAUGAAUUCGAAGACGCAGACUAAGAACAUCGUCUUCUGUUCAAAACCUGUAUUCACCCAUUAUUUUCUAUCAGCUUUUCAAAUUCAUUACCAAAGUUAGGUUCUUAUAUAACUAAAACUUUCUGUUUUUGUAUGAGUGCUAUAGCGAUGUUAGAAUACGAUUUUAAUACAUUUUUAACUUUAGGACUAGAAGUUUUAAGUUUUUAGUGGUGUGAAUUAUUUAGGGCUUGAUGACCCUUGCUUUUUGUAUUUUUUGGUAAAUAUAUUAUACUUUUACGCCACCACAUUACAUAUAUAAUUUAUAGGAGUGUUUACCUGGUUACUUUUGAAAAUGUGUUAUAUUCGAAAAUAGGCAGUGGCUUGACCAGCUCCUCAUCAAGUUUUGUUUAAUUCCUAUUAUUGUGGACUUUCAUUCAAUUAAAGCGGAAUGUAUUUGCGGUUGCUUGGCUGCAUUUUAUGUGUAAAUGUAAAAUAUAAAAAAGUAUAAAUGUUUAAUUAAUGUUAUUAUAGAAGGUAUAAAACACACACGCACAUUCGCAUAAGACGUCAUUGCUUGUGCAUAGAAUUUAUUUAUUGACACAUUGACGUCUGUUUCAUAACACAGAUUACAGAGUAGAUAACCUCUGUGAUCUGUGGUUUCAUACUUGUCUUUAUCUUGUGUUUCAUUUCGUAACACAAUUGGGUUAUGUUUCUGUUUAUCGAGAAUGUCCUAUAAUGAGAAUUUCACGAUUCUUUAAUUUAUCUGGUCCAGAACUAGGAAUAGCACUAUUUUUCGGCAUUGGGGGAGGUAUCUACAUUUGGAGACCCACAGUCAAAAACGCAUUUGAUUCAGUAAAUAAAAAUACUGCAAAAGCACAACAGCCUGAAAUUACUAAAGAAUCCUAGCUAAGAUGUUUGGAGCAAAGUACCAAGCUUGGACCAAGUCGAAAAAGGGAAAUCCCAAUGUACUGUUGUUCUCAGGUGCUUGCUUUAUAAUAGCUGGUGUCAUAGCUUAUAACGGCUUGUAUAAACCAUGGGCUAAGAAGAGGAAAUUAUCUGAAUAUGAAACACUUGCCAAAAUUAUAUAUGAGAGUGAAAUCAAGCCCAACUAGUUAUUAUGAACAAUCAUGUAGAUCAUUUAUUAGUUCUUAAUACAGUGUUACUGAAAAACUGAA